UCACUUGGAGUAGUGCGCGUUUUCAGGAGCAUGGCCAGAGAAGACGGGAACAAGCAUAGGAUUCGUGAGCAUUGAUUGGCUGAAGCGAGAAGCGCCCUGGACGCUGACUGGCUCCGUCAUUCGCGGGAAGGAGUUUGUGGCGCCAGAGAAAAGUAUAUAGACCGCUGCAUCAACAACGGGAUUCUGAGGUGUCCUGGGAACCCACCAGACCGGAACUUUCUGGGCCUCUUUCCCGAGGGCGUCGCGACGAAGAUGUGGAAUAGUGGGGGAUUUGAUAGCUAUGGCAGCUCCACGUAUGGGGGAGCCGGCGGCUACACGCAGUCCCCGGGAGGCUUUGGAUCGCCGACGCCUUCUCAAGCGGAAAAGAAAUCAAGAGCCCGAGCCCAGCACAUUGUGCCCUGUACUAUAUCUCAGCUGCUUUCUGCCACUCUGGUUGAUGAAGUGUUCAAAAUUGGGAAUGUUGAGAUUUCACAGGUCAUUAUUGUGGGGAUAAUUAGACAUGCAGAGAAGGCUCCAACCAACAUUGUUUAUAAAAUAGAUGACAUGACAGCUGCACCCAUGGAUGUUCGCCAGUGGGUUGACACAGAUGAUGCCAGCGGUGAAAACACUGUCGUUCCUCCAGAAACAUACGUGAAAGUGGCAGGCCAUCUGAGAUCUUUUCAGAACAAAAAGAGCCUGGUAGCCUUUAAGAUCAUGCCCCUGGAGGAUAUGAAUGAGUUUACCACACAUAUUCUGGAAGUAGUCAAUGCACACAUGAUACUGAGCAAAUCUAACAGCCAGCCCCCAGCAGGGAGAGCACCUAUCAGCAACCCAGGAAUGAGUGAAGCAGGGAGCUUUGGUGGGACUAGCUUCAUGCCAGCAAAUGGCCUCACUGUGGCCCAAAACCAGGUGCUGAAUUUGAUUAAAGCUUGCCCAAGACCUGAAGGAUUGAACUUUCAUGAUCUCAAGAACCAGCUCAAACAUAUGUCUGUACCCUCAAUCAAGCAAGCUGUGGAUUUUCUGAGCAACGAGGGGCACAUCUAUUCUACCGUGGAUGAUGAUCACUUCAAAUCCACAGAUGCAGAAUAACUGGAUCUAAAUUGGGUACCUGUUUUCCAGCUGGACCUAUUUUCAGUCUGUUGUCUCCAGCUGUGCAUAUAUAUUUGACCAGGUGACUUCUGGGAAGCAGGUUUCAUCUGUAAAAGGCCUCAGCUGACAUCCUUUUGAAACUUACUGCUCUUCUGUAGUGUUGUUUGUUUGAAGCUCAAAGGGCUAUGGGCAACUGACAGGGAUAUAAUCCAGGGUGGAAUUUCUUGAAGAAGUUAAAAAUAAGCUAGUUACAACAUCAGGGUAGAAGGAAUUGGAAGAAGGAUGCUAUCGAGAGAAUACUCAAAUAAUGCUCGGGAGUUUCUAUUCCUAAAAUGUUUUCUGCUGAAAGAAGAUAAGUAGGACUCAGGCCUGUGGGUAGAGCACUAGCCAAGAAACCCACUGGCCUCUGCCUGUUUUUGUUUCCCAUUUUGGUUAUGUGGCAUUAUUUUCAGAAUUGCACUUUCCUUCACGGGCUUGUCAUGACAGCAUGUUUAUAUGAACACGAGGUUCUGGAGUGGUGGCCUCCAGGGGCAGAGGAGAAGAGGAAGUAUUACUGAAUUUUGUACAAAGUAUGUACAUUCAUAUGUUUAAUAAAACAGUUCUAUUG